AUGAAACGCCUCGGGAUGCCCCAUUCCUUUCCCGCAGAUCGUCGAGGUCGUCCCUGGGGUUCGCCGAGAUGGGGAAAGCCGAGGGCAGCUGCGUUGACGAUCCGAAAGGUCGUCCAAGAUCCGCUUGGCCAGGCUCCGCUGGGCGUCGAGCAAGGUGUGGAGCCACUCCACCUCCCACCGCGUGUCGAGCCUCCACAAGAACAUCAUUUUCAUCCCCACCCGCAGCCUUGUCGGUUCGCUAACGUGUGGGCAGACAAAGUGCACCUCGCAGGGCCCUUCAUCCCAGGAAAAGACGUCAUUGACGGCGAGGGGGUGGCAGGCGCCGACGACGUCGCCCUCGGCCCGCUCGGGGUGCAAAGGAAAGAGCAGCAGGCGCGCGCCUUUGCAGUGGGAGGCCCGGUGAACCCGCAGGACGACCCGCCGCGCGUGGGGGAUCGAAAUCGCCGAAAAGGCCGACGCGCUGGAUUGCGCAAAGGAGGAAAGGCUCGGUAG